AAAAAGAUGAAAAACUUAAUAAACCUUCUUUUGAUAUUUAUAUCUAAGCUAUUGAUAUUAUGUUUUUCGGCUUAAUUAAUAGAUAAUUGUGAAAAUUAAAUAAUAGUUACUUAAUACUAAAAUUCUUUGACGAAUUAUUUGUAGCCAGUCUGUUCAGAAUGUUAGACUGGUUUUGUUGUAGAUUUUGAUUUUAAAUCAUGCAUUAACGCUACUAGCUUACCUAUGGUAUACUAUUCAUAUUGCAAAAGGUUAGAUAGAAAUAGAGAAUGUGAUGAAGCCCUAUGCACUAUUUAAAUUGAUUAAAAUAAACUAUUUAUACAAGAAAAUCCUCAAUAAUAUGAUCCAAGAUGUGCGAAGAUAGAUACUGUGAAUAAAAUUUGCUUAACACCUAGAUUUCCAUAUACCUUAGACAUUUCUUAGAAUAAAAUAAUCCAUAAUGUUAAUAACUUUUGUAAAAUAUUUGAUGGUACAUUUUGCUUAUAAAAUUAUGAGACAUUUUAUUAAUUUGGUUAAAAUUAAUAAUAUUUUAAUUUGGGCAAUUUUUAGAAUGUUGGCCUCAUUGAUAUUAAUGUUAUUUCAUUUAAUUCUAUUAAAUGUAUUAAUAAUUUUUAAUAUGAUUAAUUGGCAUUUGGCUGUAUUCCUUUAAAGUUUAACUGUUUGUAAAAUGAUGGUAGAAAGUGUAUAUGUUCAGAUGGAGAAGCUGUAGAUUCUACAGGAUCUUCAUGUUAACCUAUUCAAAAUUGUUUAAUUUAUGGAUAAGCAGGUUAAAUAUAAUAUUGUAUCUAAUGCAAACCAGGGUUUACUAGUAGUCCAUUUGAGUAAUCUAUUUAAAAUUAUUGCCAAUUAACUACUCCUAUACCUCCUCCUGCUUUUAAUACAACUUUCUUAGAUAUGCCAAAAUGUUAAAAUGGUGAGCAAUAUAAUUAGUAAAGUCUAUAAAUCCUUUAGUAAUUUUUCUAAAAUAUAAGUGGAUUAAUCUCUACAAAUUUGACUGAUCCUAUUUAUCUUCAUCUACUUAGCAGUUCUGUUUAAUUCUAUUCAAACCCAAUAUAUAAUUAAUAUAGACCUGCUCAAAGCUUACAGUGUGAAAAAAUUCCUUCAACAACACCUAUAUUCCCUUAUUGUAUAACCUACUUAGCUGGUUUGUGUAUAUAAUGCUCGUCAUAUUUAAACUACUUUGUUUAAGUGAAUAAUACUUUACAGAAUUUCUCAACUGAUUAUCAAAGUUUUUGUAACUAUAGUCCAAUAAAUUAAUGCAAAGUUAUUUCAAUAGGAAACAAAUGCCUAGUUUGUAAUGAAAAUUAUUAUCUUAACUAAUAAGGCUAAUGCUAACCAGUAUUGUAGAGUCCAUGUUAUUUUUCAAAUUCUUUAGGUUAAUGCCUACUUUGUAGCAGCGGUUAUUUAUUUAAUUAGUAAAAAUAAUGUUCUUCUGUUCCCUAAUAUUGCCUAGAAUAUUAUUUUUCUUAAGAUGAGAAUUAUUAGUGCAAAUAUUGUAUGAAAAAUUAUUAUAGAUAUAAAUACUCAAAUAUUUAUAGCUGCAAUAUUGAUACUAACUACUAACCAUGCAUCGAUUAUAUUAACUCAGGGUAUUGUAAUCAAUGUUAAAUAGGAUCUAUUUCGUCGGGUGGUGGUUGCAGUUACUCUUAUGGUAAAAAUUUUUGUUAGUAACUCGACUAAAAUUUCAACGUUUGCUUGUAAUGCUUUGGGAAUUAUUAACUAAUAAAUGGAAUAUGUUAAUUUGUUUCAUAGAAAUCUAGCUGUUCUAACUACUAUUAUAAUGUUACACUUUAAAUCAAUAAUUAUGGCUAAUAAAAUUAUACAUGCAGUUAUAAAUCAUCUUUAAAUUAAUGUCAUUUUAGAAAUUAAAAUGGUUUUUAUUUAGAUUACAACUACUAACAAUAAAAAUGUUAAUUAUCUAACUAAACUACUUAUUGUUAAAGAUGCUUCUAGUCUAACUGCUUAGAUAUUCAAGAUUAGUGCUAAAAAGGACUGGGCUGGAGCUAAUUGUUAAAAAUUUGCUUGCCUUAGUGCUUAAAUGACUAGCUUUUAGUUAACUAAGAUUAUUAGAUUUGUGAUUAUGGUUAACGAUGCGAUAUACUGUUUAUACCUUCUUUAAAAGUAUAUUAAUGCUCUGAUUGCAGUAUAGUGUAAUAAAUAUAAUAGUGUGUCAAAAAAUAAAUUAUUUGCUCAAGCUAAUAAGUAUACUCAUAAUUAAAAAAUGACUGUAUGGUAUAUUGUGGAGAUGGAAAAAUAGCUUAAGACUAAUAAAGUUGCUAAACUACUAAGAUUUGUUAAGAUGGACUAACUUGGAGUAAUUAUUAUAAAAAAUGUGUGUAUUUAUAUUGUUAAAAUCAAAUGGCUGCAGUAGAUUAGCCAUGCUCUAAAUCAACAAUAACUUUGGCUCAAUAUUAUGCUAACAACAAUUCCACUUCUUCUAGCAAUAACUCAAAUAAUUCAACUACUAAUAAUUCAAGUUCAAGUGGCUCGACUUCUAGUAACAAUUCUUCAAAUACAUCAUCAUCAUAAUAAUCGUCAUCAUAAUCAUCAUCAUCUAGUAAUUAGAAUUCAAAUAAUUCAUCUUCUAGUAACAAUUCUUCACAAACAUAAAACUCCACAUCUCAAAGUAAUUAAGCUGACGGUUUUUAAAAAAAUCAAAGCAUUAAUAACAAUAACUCUACUUAAGGUAAUUUUACAACUAACAACAAUUAAGAAAAUAAUUAAAGUUCAAGUUAAGUCUAUUUUAUAAUAUAGAUUAGUUUAUUAUCACUUAUUUUCCUAGCUUUUUUGAUAUAUGUAUGUUGGAUGAAAUCAAAUUAAAAUAUAUAAAAUUUAAAAUUUAACUAAAUAGAAGAUAAAAUUUAAAAUUUUAAAUAUGAAAGAAUUAAUAAUAAUGAAGUGAAAAAAAUCAACAGCUAAACUGAGUAGGACUAAAAGAAAAUUUAUAGUGAUGAAGAACAAAAUUAAUAAAAGUAAAAAAGUUAAGAAAUACAUUCUAUUCAUACAGUACAUAGAGUAUAUGAAAGUGAAAUGCAAGAACAAAAUCUCAAAAAGAUACAAAUGCAAUAGUCCCAUUAAUAGGUAGAUAAGAAUAAUAUAUAGCUAUAAACAAAUAUCAAUUAAUUAUAAAUUAAUUUAUAGUGA